AGCAGCAGAGCAUCCCCUUGUCUUGCCUUUCUGUUCUCUCGCAUGAAGUGUUCUUUCCUUUCCUCUGCAAUACUUUCCUAAGACCAAAAAAAAAAAAAGAGGAAAAACAUUGAAAACUAUAAGUCAAAUUCCAAAUGUUUACAAUGAUUGGUUCUCUGGUUUUCAUCCUGGGCUUGUGUGUUUUGUUCUACGUGCUUCUGCAUGACUCUGCUUCCAAGGUCUCCGAAGUCGUCGAGGGGAACGUGUUCAUCAAUGGAACAGCUUCCAUUGCUGAAACUGAUCAUAAUUUCAUCUGUGCCACCCUCGAUUACGGCCCUUCUGAUCAUUGCGAUCACGGGUUUUGCUGGGGAAAAGCCACUCUUCUAGAUCUGGAUCUGAACAAUAAGAUUCUGCAGAAUGCCGUUAAAGCAUUCUCGCCGCUGAAGAUUAGAAUGGGAGGCACGUUACAGGACAGGAUGAUAUAUGAAACACCUGGAGACUUGAAGCCCUGCAAUCCUAUGGCGGUGAAUAGUUCCGGGCUAUUCGGUUUUUCUGAAGGCUGCUUGCCAAUGUCUCGGUGGGAUGAGUUGCACUCAUUCUUCAAACAAACAGGGGCUAUAGUCACUUUCGGGUUAAAUGUGUUGUACGGGAGGAGUGUGGAAUCGAGCUUCUCAGUCGUGGGAGAUUGGAACUCGAGCAAUGCGGAGGCUCUCCUGAGAUAUACAGCCAACAAAGGCUAUCGCAUCCUAGGUUGGGAGCUCGGAAACGAGCUGAGCGGGAAGGGGAUUGGAACAAGGCUCACACCGGAGCAAUACGCGUCCGACUUAAAAGCCCUCCAGAACCUGGUGAAUGAUGUCUACAGCGGUUUUGUGGUGAAGCCAUUGAUAAUGGCACCAGGAGGAUUCUUUGAUCGGAACUGGUUCAAAGACUUCGUGGAUCUAGCUAACGAUACCGUCCAAGUAGUCACCCACCACAUUUACAACCUUGGAGUAGGAGCUGAUCACCACCUCAUUGGUAAGAUCCUAGACCCGUCUUACCUCAAUGGUGUGGUGAGCCCGGUCAGUGGCCUCCAGGAUAAUCUUCAAACUUCCAGAACUUCAGCGGUUGCAUGGGUCGGAGAGGCAGGUGGGGCCGCCAACAGCGGCUGCCACCUUGUAACUGAUGCGUUCCUCUCUAGCUUUUGGUACUUGGAUCAGCUCGGAAUUGCAGCAACUCGUGAUACCAAAACACAUUGCAGACAGACAUUGAUUGGUGGGGGCUAUGGCUUACUCAACAGUUCCACAUUUCUCCCCAAUCCAGAUUUCUAUAGUGCUCUUCUUUGGCAUCGCCUAAUGGGGAGCAGAGUGCUGAGCACAAACUUCUUGGUCAUGAAGAAUAUCCGCGCAUAUUCUCACUGCUCCAAGAAUUCGACAGGAAUUACAUUACUGUUGAUAAACCUCGAUGGGAAAAUGACAGCCAAAGUUCGUGUCUCGGUCAAGGACGACUCUGAAAACGGGACAUUGAUUCUGCCGCAAGAAGGUGGCCCUUCGCACAAGGACAGGUUAUCGAGCACCUCCAGAGGAUCAGUAACUAAUCAAAGCUUUAGGGAAGAGUACCAAUUGACAGCAAAAGCUGGGGAUUUACAGACUCAAGUUACCGUUCUUAAUGGUAGGAUUCUAAACGUAGAUUCAUCGGGCAACUUUCCUGAGUUAAAACCCAUGAUACUAAAUCAGUCAGAUGUGGUGACCAUUGCCCCAUACUCGAUCGUAUUUGUACGGUUCCCGGGCAUAAACAUCACAGCCUGUUUGUAGGUCGUGUUAGAUUCAUAACAGUGAGGUGUAGCAGUCGGAUACCGAAUUGCACAUAGCACAUUUUGUUUUACAGAUACAAAUAUACAGAUGCCAUAGGAUUAAUGUCCCGUGCACUUCUCACUUCUAGCUCGAACAAUGCAAUGUCAUCAUUUUUCAGUUUCUUUU